GCCGUGCCGCCGCUCUCGCUGACGGCAAAGUCACAGCACUUUUUGAUUGCCCUCGAUCUCUAUUCUGGUCUCUUUCCUCUCCUUUGAUCCCUUUGGACCGUUCCCUGCAGAAGCAGAGGGUCUGUUAACGUCUUGGCCUUCGACGCUAGGACGCGUGAGUUAGCCGCACUCCACGGCACGCUCAUCAGGACUUGGGACAACCCGCCGGGUCGUUUCGACCGUCCAAGUCAGGAGAAAGGUCUCAACUAGGCGGCAAAAUUGCGGAAGAAAAAACAAACCACGGCACUCUCACACUGGCUACGGACGUUCCAGCGCCACGAGGAAUGGAACUGAGCGAGCUCUCUAUGGAAAUGCUCAGCAUGAGUUCAGCAGCGAACAACAAGAUGGCCGACGGCAGCGGCUGCAGCAGCACGGCGGCGGCGCUGGGUCACCACUCCCAGUCCUCCGCCAACAUGAGCAAGUCCAUCAGCGGGGCUUCCCUCUCCUCCUCUCAGGCGACGCACCGUACGCAGUGCAGCUCGGGUAUGAGCUCGGUGUCCGCCCGCCUCGGGAACCUCUCGAGCUCACCCGCCUCCCCGUUGGCGGACACCACCACAACUUCGGGCGGCGGAGCGGCGGCGGCGGUAGCGGCAGCGGCGGGUUACCCACACCCUACCUCCCCCGCCCCGGUCGCCGGCGGAGGCAAGACGGUGCUCGCGGGCGUCGCGCCGUCCUGCUUCGGGAAGCUGCGGCGGCGGGGUCGGUUCUCCAAGUGGCGGGAGUCCCUCUACUUCGAGCUGCGCAGCACGGCGCUGCUGGCCUUCACCGACAACAAGCCCGGCAAGAACACCGGUACCACUGCUGCUGCCGCGGGCGGCGGUGGCAACAGCAGCGGCGGAAGCUUCGCGUGCCUCGCCGCCAAGAUCAUGCACCCGCGGCACUCGGCACAUGCCGGGGUGGACUGGGGCUGGAGCAUGGACCUGUGCGGGGCGGAGCGCGUCGUGGAGCUUCCGGGGUCGACGAAGAAGGACACGUUUGCCUUCGCGGUUGAGUUUCCGGCCAGGGACAGGAAGAAGACGCUGGUGCUCGCCGCGCCGACGGCGGCCGACCGGGAGAGGUGGAUGGCGGCGAUGGACAAGGCGAAACGUCGCGUUCACGCGGAGACAGAAGCAGAAUCUUGA